UUUCACUGUAGCGUAGAAAAUCACACACGCCGAUGUGCGCGACUAUCGAGUCCAUGCUUGGAUAAACUCGAAAAAAAAAGGUUAUGUUAUGAAUGGAUUUACUACACAGGUAAACGUGUGGUAGUACAAGCCGUGUCUCUGCUAUGGAUUAAAUUCUAACUUUCUGGGAUUUCUCUUAAUGACUUGGAUUUAAUAAAUGAAGAAUUUUGUGCAAGCAUGGAGCGACAAGACACAGAGGCUGAGGUGUGGCCAGACAUCUCCCAAUCAGAACUUUGUCAACACACCAUACUCUUCUACAGCCAAGGCCCUCUCAAUGGACACCUCACAGGGGAGAGAGCCAGAGAUGUCUUUCUUCACUCCAGAUUGCCGCUUACUGUAUUGAGUAAAAUUUGGAACUUGGCCGAUGUCAGUAAUGAUAACCUAAUGAACGUCAGUGAGUUCAUUGUGGCACUGCAUCUGAUCAAUGGCGUUCUGGGAGGAAAACAAGUCCCCAAAGUCCUACCAGAGAAUUUGGAGGUCCCCAGCCAGGAGGAGGUGCCUAUUGAGGUCCCCUCUGUAUCUGAAAGAGAGGCUUACAACACGGUCUUCCAGAAAUGUGACCAGUCUGGAAAGGGUCAUAUUAAUGGUGAAGAUGCAGUGGAAAUUUUCAAGGCUUCAAAGCUGGAAUCGGAAAAAUUGGCCUCUGUUUGGGAUUGGAGUGACCUGAACAGAGAUGGUCGGUUAAGCAGAGACGAGUGGGUCGUGGCCUGCCAUCUCUUACGGCAUCUGAAAAAUGGGAAAUCCUUGAAUGGUGUAGUGAAUCCUUUUGACUUAGUCCCAAACAAAGUGUCUCCAACUUCACUUCUGGCUCGCAAAACAAAAAUUGAAGACUAUGAAAAGCACAAACAGAGAUUAAUGCAACUUAAGGAAAAACGGAAAGUGCAAAUCGAGCGAGAAAGUCGAAGACUAGAGUUGUUGAAAGAAAAAAAACAACUUCAAGAGGAGCUGAUCACAUAUCUGAAAAACAACAAUAACGGCCUAUUGAGUGAAGAGGAAAUCAACCUAAUUACCCAGAGUGACAAAGAGAACUUGGAGAAACUCGAAGAAAUUGUAGCCAGGUUGAAGAAGGAGCAUGAGCUUGUGAGACAGGAAACAGUUCAGGUGAUCCUUGGUGAGCAGAAGUUACAAGUGGAGCAUCGUCUGCUCAAAAAUGAACUGGAUGAACUUACAAAGAGGUUAGGAACUCAGCACACGAAGGCUACAAAAGACCCUGACCCAUUCCAUCAGCUCUAUGAACAGAGAAAAGAAGAAAGAAAGAAGAGUAAUUUGUCCGAGGGAGAGGAGCCCGAGGUCCAUCUGCCAUUUAAUCCGUUUGACACAGAGUCCCUCCAUCAUAGUUCUGUCUCAGGCUCUCACCUGUUUCUGAGUCCCAACUCCCUGAACAAUAACAACACCAAGCACACCCCACAGACUCAGGCACUUCUGGGGAGUCUGAAGGAAUUUGGGGAGGAUUUUCUUGGGGCCUGGUCCAACGGUCCCACCCCCAUGGCCACUACAGAGGAUGAAGACCCAGUGUUUAAAACUGUAGAAGUAAGUCCCCAUCAGGACCCAUGGGUGGGUCUGAACUGGGGCCAGGACAAGUUGACCUCUCUGAAUGACCUCAAAUUCAGGGACCUGCACCGUAAACUGGUGGACCUGAGAUCCGAAUUCCAUAAACUCAAUCAGAACUCAGGUGGACAACUUGUGUUUAGGAAUCCAUCUGACUAUCUAGCAAGGAAAAAGGAAAAGGAGGAAGAGGAACAGAAAGAGAAGCACAAAUUCCCACGCCGAUCCAAGAGUUCUGCAGAAAAAGAUAGCACAGCCAAACGCAGGAGUUAUGCAUUUGAUACAAGGAAAACUGAUGAGAUUGAAGCAGCAAGGGAGAAGCGUUUGAACCGCAGGUCUCUAAAUCUCGAUAACAGAACCGAGAAAGCCAGGGCGCCAGAAGUACCUCUAUCCUCACCUAUCAAGAAGGAUAAACCUGAGACUGCGUCACCAAAGUCCAGCACUCCACCAAAAUCCAAAACAUCUACAAGUCCGACUCAUCUUGCCUCUUCAAAGAAGACUCGUGCUCCACCUCCACCUUGCACUCCUGGAAAAGAGUCUAGAAUCCCGGUACUUUCUGGAGCGGGAAAUCCAGAGAGACCUCCUAGAGGAAAGAAAUCCAGCAGUGGGGAAGAGCCUUCAUCUCCUGAAGUCUUAGAAGGCAACGGCCCAAAGUCUCCAAGGUCUUCCUUCCUGUACGACCAAGAAAAGCAGGAGACUCAACCACAAUCCUCAGCAGUCGAGGAAGUUUUUGUGUCUGCAGUAGCAUCUAAUGACUCUUGUUCUCCUGUAGUCAAGUCAUCUGAUAUAAUUCCAGAGGAACCAGCUGCUUCUUCACCUUCUCAAUCUGACUCUGAACCAGUGAGUAGGCCAAUUGGAAAUGUGAUAGAAACUGAGCCAGCAGAAGAGAUUGUGACCUCUGACCAUAAGGAAAAUCAGGAGGAUAUCAUUGUGAAUCAUUUAGAUGUGAAAGUGAUUGAAAUCCUUCCAGAAGUUUCCGAAGAGGAAGAAAAGGAAACAGAUACCAAAGUUGUGACUUUUGUGAAAGGACAUAUUGAAAUUCCCAAUCCGGACACGGUUUCUCUCUGUAGCAUAGACUCCAUUCCUCCGGAUCUGCCGAUAUCUGCUCCGCCACCACUCCUACCGAAACAACCAGACACUGCUUCCAUCGGUGAGGAAGCUGUAGUGGUUGCACAGGAAGUCAAAAUCACAGAGAGUUCCCCUUCUGUUGUAAAGGAGGAAAUUGUUAAACCUGCGGAAGAGUCGAAGCAGGAGACAGCUGAACAGCUUGGGUUCAGUGAGAACAGUUUCAAAGACAAUUCAUCUGAAGUUUCCAAUCCUGUGAAGAUGUCUGUUGAAGUUGAUGGAAAACCAGAGGAGAUUAUUGUCUCGUUGAAAGAAGAAAAGGAGUUUGAGGUGGAAUCAGAUGCUGACUCUGAUUUAUCAGAUCUUCUGAAUCAGAAUGGCUCUUAUACUCCAGGGGAUGACAAGAAUGACCACAUCCCCCUGAGUCUGAUGGACGAGGAGGAAGACUCGGGAGAUAUCCAGCUCCUGUCCCACAGCAACACCAGUGUCCAGUCCCCCACCUCCCAGACAGACUCGGCCUUCGAGGACAUGGGCAGCUCCAACCAGGUCAGUCUCAGCAGCACUCUGGAGGAUGUCAAGGACAUCUCAGACACGCUCGAGCCGGUCAAGGUCACAGUGACAGAAAGUCAACCAAAGGUUGAGUCCUCAACAAAGGAGGAAGAAGAGAAGGUCGAGAUAGAGGAGGAAAUUGAGAUAAGCAACCAGGCAAAGGUUGAAUUUACUCCCAGCCAGGCACCCCAACCGUCCGUUCAUUCUUCCUACGUUACAGAGGUGCCCCUCAGUGAUUCCAAGACUUUUGUGAAAAAGGCCCAGCAGUUCUCUGAGAUUGUGAACCAGCCACCCAAAAUGACCAUCCGGUCAACGUCGAAGGAGAUGUCAGACGAACACCUGCAGAAGGUGGACGGGGAGAGGAAGGCAGUGCUCAGUCAGUCCAUAGUGAAGAGGAGGGGCAUCACAGAGUUCUCCACCGUCCAGGUCACAGAAGAGAGUAAACCAGCAGACGUAAAGAGCAGUGUGUCAUUAGAUGUGAAUGAAGAAAAAGAUCUUCUUUCACCUGUGAAGACUAAAGGAACUCCCGUCAAUUUUGAGGAAAAACCCCCUAAAGUCGACCUGUACAGUCAUAAUGUCGUACAAGAAGAUGGAAACACAGACACUGUGAACAGGGAGUCCAUUGCUGAUCUGAGUUCAACUCGCAAACAGUGGGAAACUCUCCUCCAGACUUCAGGAACUCCUGAAACUACCCCCUCCAAAGUAACUCCGAAAAAAUCAAACACAACAGUCAAACACUGGGAGGUGAAACUUCCUUACAAACCUGAACCAUCACCUAAAACAGUACCUAAUCCGGAGAACCAAGACACGCAACCUAAAAAAUCAUUCAAGAUGGAGGACGACCCUUACGCAAAUGAAAGUGCAAUCGAACGUGAAAUUCGUCUUGCAAAUGAACGAGAGGAAAUGCUGCGAAAGGAGCAAGAGGAGCGCAUGGAACUUGCCAAACGUCAAAAUGCUUCCAAGAAUCAGGUGAACGCGAAAAUGUUUGAAAACGAAAAUAACAAUAAUAAUACCGAUUUUAAAGCCAUGUACCACGAGAUGACAGAGGCUGAUCGAGGGUCAGAACUUCAGAAGCGAGAGUCAUUGAUUCAACAGGAAAUUGAGGAGCAGAAGGAGCGAGAAGAGGCCCUGACGACCAAGACCCCUUCAACUGUCACCCCCCAGGAUGGAGACAACCAAGAAAACAGUAGAGAGAGUCUCAUUGCCAAGGAAAUUCGCCUUCAGAAAGAACGGGAAGAAGAAAUCGCAAAAAGACACUCUUUGAAGAAGGAACCAGAAAUACCACAGCAAGAACCAGCCAAGGCAGAACCAGUUUCUUCUGAGCCAGAAAAGAUGGAAGCUCCCAUCACAAAGAAAAAUCAAGUCACAUAUGAGGAGGCCAUUCAAGAACCAUUCCAUCAUGGGGGAGAAAGUCUUAUUGCCAAGGAGCUAAGAGAAGCAAAGGAAAGGGAGGAGGAAAUUCGCCGAAUGAGAGAAAGAACAGUGGGAGGAAAGUCUGCAAGUCCCGCGCCAGUAUCAGCUUCCCAACCUUCAAUCAAACCACAAACACCUACACAGGAAACAGUUAAAAAGACAUGGCAACCAUCUCCAAGUGUUCAAACCCCCAAAGUUUCUAGUCACACCUCUUCACGCUCUGUGCGCGUUCAGCCGAUCCCAGACUCUACAGAUGAGGACGAGACAGAUUCUAAGCCAGUAGAGAAGAAGGAGACUCCGAUUGAGCGGGAAAUAAGACUCGCGAGGGAGAGAGAAAAUGAACUGAGAGUCCAGAAAGGGCUUCCAUUGCUUUCUGAGCCAGUUAAACCAGCAGAAGAUGACUCUCAAUCCAAAUCAUCAGGAGGUGAAGAUUCCGUGUCGUACAGUUACCGUAGCAAAGUGAACACAGCAGAAGGAAACAAGUCAAUGAGGAACUUCGCCUCUUCCAGACUUCAGAAUGAAAUCUUGAAACAAAAAGAAAGGGAACACAAGCUUAGAGAUGAGGGCAAAAUUUUGUCGACAUCUGAAGAGCACAUAGGAACAUUCAAAUACACUGAGGUGGCGGGAAUUCCUAAAUCUGAUGGCCCAGUGAAGAGAAACUUUGUAACCCGAAAAAGUACAUCUUCUCUCCCUCUCCCUGGGGACAGUCCAAGUUCCUCCAAUACCCCCUCCGAAAAUGGAGAUGUGGAGCCUCCCAAAAUGUCGCCUCAAAUCAGCAAAGAAGAGCCGGUCAAAUACAAGAGGCCUACUGUCAAAACAGGAGGAGCCUCAUUUUCAUACAGAGAGUCUAGAAACCAGGCAGAGUCCAAAAUUGAGAAAGAACUGAGGGAGAUGAGAGAAAGAGAGGAAGAAUUAAAGAAAGCGAGAGGGGGAACACUUAGCCCACCCACAAGUCCCAGAGACAAUAAUCUGAGCAGUCGGAAGGCACAAUUUGAGCAGGUGUGAUUUGCUAACCAGAUCAUCAGCAGAAACCACCAAUCACUACGGAACAAGAAGUCACAUGAUUCAUUCACAUGAUCUCUUCUUCGCCAUGAUGGAUGGAGCUCUCUCACCAACCAGCUUACUGGCUGUCACAAUAUUUUUGGGGAAAAGGAACUAUGUUGGUUAAGCUGCUUUGUGGCUUUGAAUGCUUGUAUCAGUCCUGAAGUCAUAUCUUUAUAAGAUGUUGGCAGAGCAAGUUAAUGAACAAUUGAUAGGAUUUAGCUUUCUUGUAUCAGAAUUGGAAUGCUGUGAUAAUAUUAUUCGAGUUCUAUGAACAAGGGAAGUAACUCUUGCAAAUGUUAUCUGAAAUGGCCACACAAGCAAGUCUAUUGCUGUUUAAAGAUCAAAUUGAAAUUACUUAUGAUAGUACUUUUUAUUUGUAUAUAUACAUACAUGUAUUCGUAUACGAAAAUAUUUUUAUAUAAUAUUGCAGUAUUAUAUCACAGUUUUACACACAGUAUAUAUCUAUAUAGGCUUUGCAAAAAACAAUUUCUAUUUGUUUCAUAUGGCUUGUCUUUUGCCUGGUGUGAAUUCAGCAAUCAGUGUACGAGAUGAAUGGACAAAUAUAUCACAAUGGAUGAAAUUAAACUAUGUAUUCAGUGAACUAGAGAUAGGUCAAAGGUCAAAGCAUCAAAUCAUUCUUGUGAUAACUUGUAUUUAAAAUUGUACAUAUUCGGAGAUAUACAAUUUAAUUAAAACAUUGCAUUGUUGUUUUUUUAUCUCUCAAGAGAUACUGAAAACAUUGAACCAUUUUACACAUAAAAGUGCAAAUAAUCUAUCAUUUUCCUCAUUUUUUUUAAAAAUUAUAUUGUGUUAUGAUAUUAUGAAAUCAUAUAUUGUUGACAAAAAAAGUACAAUGUAACUAAUCUUAAAAAAAUAAAAUUAUAUCUAUA